AUGGCAAACAAUAUUGAACAGUCCGUGUAUUUUCAGCGGAGGAAGAAUGCUGGAGCUUUGAUAGUGAGAGAUGCUCCCAAAUUCGACCUCGAAUCCUACAUUUCGAACUAUGAAGAUCGAACACGACUAGACCGCCUGAUCACUAUAGGCUGUACCUCUACCUACCUCUCCAUUGAUGCCUUCCACGCCGCCAUCGCCGAGGCCAAGCAGGGCAAGGACACAGAUAUCUACAUGUCGAUCGUAGGAUGCCUACAACAGAUAGUGCCGGAGGACCCUCUAAGCAUGCCGGACCUGGGAUGGGUGGAGCAGAGGAUGAAGCAGAUCAAGGCCGAGACGGAUCGGCUGGAGCAUGAGCUGAAGCAGUACAAGAACAACCUCAUUAAGGAGAGCAUACGAAUGGGCAACGAAGACCUCGGCGCGCAUUACCAGAGCAUCGGCGACUUUAAUGCUGCCUACAAAGCCUACUACAAGAUGCGCGACUACUGCACAUCCCCUAAGCACAUCGCCGACAUGUCGCUCAAGCUCAUCCUGUGCUCCAUCCACCAGCGCGCGUGGACUACCGUGCAAACCCACGUUCUCAAGAUCCAGUCGCAGAGCCUCAAGGCCGAAGACAAGGCUAAGAUCGACCCUAUACUCUCCGCGUGCCUGGGUCUCGCAUACAUGGCUACCGGCCACUACCGUGAGGCUGCCACAGCGUUCCUACAGACGAAGCCGGAGUUCAUGACGGGUGGGCCGGCGGCUGGGGUGACGUGGCAGCGCGCCUUGCUCACGGGCAACGACAUCGCCGUCUACGGCGGCCUCUGUGCGCUCGCGUCUAUGGACCGGGCGGAGCUACAGAAUCAGGUGCUGGGCUCGUCGUCAUUCCGCAACUUUCUGGAGCUGGAACCGCACAUCCGGCGCGCAGUCUCGCUGUUCUGCAGCUCGAAGUACUCGGCGUGUCUAGAGACUCUGGAGAGCUACAGGACGGACUACCUUCUGGAUGUGUACCUGCAGGGCCAUGUGGCCCCGAUCUAUGGCGCGGUCAGGCGGAAGAGCAUCGUGCAGUACUUCAUCCCAUUCGCGUGCGUUACGCUUGAGGAGAUGGGGAAGGCGUUUUCUAGCGGCUCGGGUGUCCCGAUCGAGGAGGAGCUGGUCGACAUGAUACAGAACGGCACGCUUAAUGCGCGUAUAGAUCUCGUUAACCGGCUCCUUCUCUCGCCUCCCUCACAUCCCCGCCAAGAUGUUCACGACUCAGCGCUGAAGAUGGCCGCGUCGUACGAACACAACCUGCGUCUUCGUCUGCUUAGACUCAACAUGCUAAACGCGGGGCUAGAGCUCAGGGCUCCGAAGAACACCAACGCUGGAGCUCCGCAGAUGCAUGGGGGCAUGGAAGGCUACGAGGAGGGGAUGGCUGGCGGAAGCAGGUUAAGGAUGAGUCGAGGUUAG